AUGAAGUGUAAAAAGGCGAAUGAAAAACGAUUGGGAAACAGAAUGCCAUUUGAUGGAGCCAGUGAACCUGACCAUGCCCAUGGGUCAUUAAAGUCUGAAUCAGACAUUUUGCAGAACACACUACCUGAAAAUGAGAAACUCUAUUUUGAUCUGUCCAGAAUUAUUGAUAGAAAUGCAAGGCAAGCUGAUGGAAUUUUCACCAGUGUCUACAGCCAUCUUUUGGCUAAACUUGCUGUGAAGAGAUAUCUGCAUUCGCUUAUUAGAAAACGAGUUAGCUCCCAGGACAGUCCUGUCAAGCGCCACUCUGACGCCGUCUUCACUGACAACUACAGCCGCUUUCGAAAGCAAAUGGCUGUGAAGAAAUACUUAAACUCAGUUUUAACUGGAAAAAGAAGCCAGGAAGAGCUCAACCCCGCUAAACUUCGAGAUGAAGCAGAACUUCUUGAACCUUCCUUUUCAGAAAACUAUGAUUCUGUAGAUGAGCUGCUGAGCCACAUCCCACUGGACCUCUGAAGGACACCCGGUAAAGUCUAUGACAAGAACAAGCUAUUUUUGAGUUCCACAUAGUAUUUCAAAGAGAUGACUUUAGUCAUCAAACCAGAACAAAUAUGUUGUGAAGUGAAAGUUGUGAUAUAUUUGUUUCUUAUGUAAUAAAAGUUGAUAUUUACAUUGUAAAUAUUACUCUAGAGUUCUCUACUGAAAGCUGUACAUAUGGAUGCCAGUUUAACUCAUGAGAAGUCUGUGAGUCCAUAUGCUGUAAAUCCUUUACUUCAAUAAAUUCAUU